AUGUCCCCUGCCCAUCUCGUUCCAGUCUUUGGCCUUGCCCGAGAGCUCGAGCUGGUGGGCCGAUUCUGUGAGCAGACGGAGGUGAACAAGGAGAGCCAUGCCACCCUACUCAUGGGGCCACACAACACCGGCAAGUCGCUCGUGCUCAACACCGUGCUGCGGGACUUGGAGGCCAGAACGGGCAACAAGCCCGUAGUCAUUGUGCUGGACGGAUACCUGCACGCCGACGAGGCGGCCGCUCUGGUCGUGAUCGGUGACGUACUCGGCAUGCAGGCGGAACUCGCGCAGCAACAGCAAAGGCAAACGCAGGCCGAUCAGCAACAGCAACUCCAACAAGAACAAGAACCAGAACAAGAAGACAAACAAGAGGAACAAGAACACGAGCGACAACAAGAGUCGGCGGCGAGGGCCUCUGCGGCUGAGGAGAUCAGUGCCAUCACCGAGCUGACGUUCCACUCCACUGUGCUGGCCAUGCUCAACUGCUGGAAGCAAGUCAACCCCGGCCGGGCGGUCUUCUUUGUGCUCGACCAGAUGGAGCUCUUCACCAAGUCGAAGCAGAACCUGCUCUACUCGCUGCUCAACCUCAUGCAGGAGAAGGAGCCACCGGUGGCCAUCAUCGGCAUGGCCGGCGUUCUGCAUAUCAUGGACAUGCUGGAGAAGCGGGUCAAGUCGCGAUUCUCCGACCGCUACAUACUCUUUCUGCCCAACGCGUCGAUGGAGCAGGCACUUCACAUUCUUCGGCAUGUGCUUCUGCUGCCUGACGGUUUCAGCACUCACCCGCACGCGAAGGAGUGGAACUCCCGCGUAGUGGCGUUGCUGGAGGACAAGGAAUUCUUGGAAUUCCUAGCGCAGCGACAAGACGUCAAGAGCGACCCGAAGGACCUCUUCAAUCUCCUGCACGUUGCGAUGAAGGACAUUGACGAGCGACAUCCAUUCCUAACCGUGCACGACUUCCGCAAGGCUGCGGCCUUCAUGAGCCCCGACAUGAAGCUGCAGGCACUCAAAGGCAUGCCUGCCGCCCAAUCUUCUCUGGCAGGCAUUGUCUUCUUACGAGCUCCGGCGUUGGAGAUGGGGUUGCUGGUGGCCAUGAAGCUGUUUGAGGAGGACAAGAUCGAGGAAUACAACUUCGAGAUGGUCUACGACCGCUUCCAGAAGUUUGCCCGCGACGAGUUCAUGAGCGUCACCAAGCCCACCGCCUUUGCCGCGUUCGAGAGUUUGCUGGAGCAGGAGCUGAUCAAGAAGGUGGCCCGACGGGCCGAGGAGAAGGCCACGCCCAAGGGAUUUCUCAUGGUCCGACUCAUGCCCAUCCCCGCCCAGAUCGAGGAUGUCCUCCGCGACCCGGCGUGCAUGUUGCCGCAGAGCGUGGUGACUUGGGGCACCAAGUGGGUGUCCUGA